AUGGAUAGAAUGGAUAGUUCAGAUGAUGAUGAUGUUGAAAUCCUUUCAGCAGAUGAAUCAGGUGAUGAAGGCGACGAUGAUAUGCUCAACGAAGGACCAUUGAAUCAAAACUAUACAUUGGGCAACGAAAUAGGGCGUGGAGCAUUCUCGAUUGUCCGAGAGGCCACUCACCGUGCCUCGGGUGAAAGAGUAGCCAUCAAAUCAAUCAAGACUCAAUUCAUCAAGAACAAAUUGUUGAUGCGUGAAAUAGAGAUUAUGAAAAAGGUCGGUGACCAUCCAAAUAUCCUAAAACUCUACGAAGUCUAUGAAACAAAGAAACAUUUACAUUUGGUUUUAGAAUUAGUUAAAGGAGGAGAAUUAUUUGAAAAGAUAGUUCAAAGAGGAGAAUAUUCUGAAGGCGAUGCCUGCAAGAUUGUAAGACAAAUAGUAUCGGCCGUUGGUCACCUACAUGAGAAUGGUAUAGCUCAUAGAGACCUCAAGCCACAAAACCUUUUAUGUACAGGAGAUGAAGGUGACGAGAUUAGAGUGGCUGAUUUUGGACUUUCAAAAAUAUUUGGUGAAGGUGAUUGUCUAGAGACAUGUUGCGGAUCACCCGAAUACGUAGCACCAGAGGUUCUAGAAUGUAAACCUUAUGAUGAAGCUUGUGAUUUAUGGAGUGUUGGAGUUAUUACUUAUGUUUUAUUAACUGGAUGUUUCCCAUUCUGGGAUAAAAAUAAUGCAGUUCUUUAUGAAAAGAUUAGAAAUGUAGAUUAUGGAUGGCCAGAGGGAUUGGAAGUAUCGGAUCAAGCCAAGAGCCUUGUAUCACAUCUAUUGGAAAAGAGUCCAGACAAAAGAUACACAAUCGAUCAAUGUCUUCAUCACCCAUGGGUGGCUGGCCAAGGUGUUAGUGAUGUUAAGAAAAUUAAACCUUACACUGCAAAGAAAUAA